AUGGCCUCCCAAACCCAAGGAAUUCAACAACUUCUUGCUGCUGAGAAGAGAGCUGCUGAAAAAAUCAAUGAAGCUAGAAAGAAGAAGCUCCAACGCAUGAAGCAAGCCAAGCAAGAGGCUCAAGCUGAGGUUGAGAAAUACAGACAAGAACGUGAUCAGCAGUUCAAGGAGUACGAACGCACCUACUUGGGAACCAAGGAAGAUAUUGAAGCCAAGAUCCGUAAGGAAAACGAAGACGAUAUGAACAACAUGAAGACUACUGUUGCCGCUAACAAGCAACAGGUCAUCGUUCGUCUCCUUCAAUUGGUUUGCGAUAUCGACCCAGAGCUUCACCAUAACCUCAAGCUCCAAAUGAAGCUUCAUGGACAGUUCUCUUAA